UUGGCCACAGCUAUCAGUGAGUGUUCUAUGGGCUCAAACGUGUGCAAUGGUGCAGUGUGGUUUUUUUCCACUCUAGAGACCUGGAAGAUGAUUUUUGCCCAGUCUGAAUGGUAAACCAUCUGAUCUACGACACCAUGGAUUUUAGCACCUCGUCUAUGUUUGAUCAGCAUAAGGGUGACUCAGCUGAGGAAACUGACCUGACCUUGGUUUACCAGGCAGCAGAAAACGGAGAUGUCAACACACUGACUGCUGUGAUUCGGGAAGACCCUUCAAUUCUAGAAUGCUGUGACAGUGAAGGUUGUACCCCCUUGAUACAUGCUGUCUCUGGUCGUCAGGUUGACACAGUGAAGCUAUUGCUGAAGAUGGGAGCCAAUAUUAAUACUCAGGAUUCCUGUGGGCGCACCAGCUUAUCACUGGCAACUUAUGAGGGAUGGCUAGAAGGCUGUGUGAGUCUGCUCAGAAAUGGUGCCAAACAGAACAUUGCAGAUAAAAAUGGGCGCCUGCCACUACAUGCUGCAACUGCCGAGUCAGAUGUGAAACUCUUAACAGCGCUGCUACAGCAAUCAAAUAUCAGUGAAAUAAAUCACCAGGAUAAUGAGGGGAUGACACCUCUUCACUGGGCUGCUUUUCAUAACCGGCCACAACAUGCACAAAUCUUGCUGGAGAGGGGGGCAGAUCUAACCCUGGUGGACAAAGACUUCAGAACAGCCCUCCACUGGGCUGCCCAGAGUGGAAACAAAAUUCUGUGUUCCAUCAUUCUGAGCCAUCACGAGGGCCAGUCCAUCAUCAACUACGAUGAUGAGAAUGGGAAGACAUGUGUGCACAUUGCUGCUGCAGCAGGUUACAGCGACAUUAUUAGUGAGCUGGCAAAAGUCCCAGACUGCAACCUCCAGGCUCUGGAUGUGGAUGACAGGACACCUCUCCACUGGGCAGCAGCAGCAGGAAAGGCUGACUGUGUCCAGCUGCUGUUGCAGCUAGGCACGGACAACAGCCCUCGGGACAUCAAUGAGAACACCCCUCUGGCCUAUGCAAUGCGCUGUGGACACACAGCAUGCAUCAAUCUGCUCUCUCAAGAGAGCAGUAGACUUCUAAAGAAAGAGAGACCAUUCAGCAUGCUUAACCAAAUCUUCUGUAAGAAGAAAGAAGAGCAGAGAGCCAAUGAGAAAGACCACAGUCAAGAUAGGUACUCAGGAGAAGAUGCUUCGGAAGUUGAUGACAUCAUCACUACCUUUGACUGCAUUGUGGAUACCAACUGCCAAGAGCUACCGGAUCAGAGAAUGGUAAUGGUGGACUUGAGAAAAAGGUCCACAGAAACAUCAAAGUAUCUCUCAUCAGAAAAGAAGCAGCAGGAGCAUAAGGGACUUCCACCAAUCAGAACACAGAGUCUGCCACCCAUCACUCCAGGCACCUCUUUUCUAACAGCCUCCCAGAUGGCUACUUCCCAUGGUGUCCCGGGUUCCAAUGCUCACCGUUCUGUAUGUAAAUCUCAAAAAAGUAGAAGUGAGCAUGACCUAUUGGAUCACAGGACUGGCUGUCAGGCAUUGGUAGAUAAUCCUUGGCGAUCUGACUCUAAUCAACUCUUCUCCUAUAAAGCUUGGACUGUAUCUACUUCAGGUAAGCUGCCAGAUGGAUUGCUGGCUGGAAGACCAAGCCACGUGGAGUUCUUGGGACCUGUACAACCUCUAGCCCGACAUAAUCGUACAUCAGGGCAAAGUUUUCAGCACUUUCCCCUCGACAGAACCAAAGUGAGGGAUAUUCCUUUUGUGCGCAACAGUCUAGCUCCAAUACCAUCUCACUGUGUUCGGAAAUUUCUGUCCGGAGAACCUUUAAGGACAAACCGGGUGCUUCCUGCCAUUCCAAGCCAGAAAGGACCCACCAUCCCAAGAGGAGAGAAUGAAGAACCUUCCAGAAUAGUAUCUGAUGAGGAAUAGCCAUGGGCCAUUGGCUGCAGAAAUGUGCAUUGAAGGGAGAGCCAGAAUGGAUGCAGCAUAAAUAUUUUAAUGAUGACUGUCAUAGUUCAUAAGAAAGAU